AUGCAGGAUCAACAACCUUCGAGCAGCAGGACACAAACGCAAGUUAUACAACCGACAAACAAUGUUCUUCGUUUGCGUCCCUCUGAAGAGCAACCGCAACCACAAACGCAACAAGAGGAGCAAGAAUCACCCACUUCGGUAUUGAAAACAACCAAGUCUAAGUCCAAACAAAAGAAACCAAGAGUAAGGUGGACGCAAGAUGUGGUAGAUAACGAGCAUAUGAAUAAGAAGAAGACGAAAAUAUGUUGUAUAUUCCAUCCACAACGAUCGUUUGAUGAGGAAGAGGCACAUGAUCAUGAUGGACAUGAGUGUCCUAGUUCGAGUUCAGAUUCGAGUAGUGAUGAGAGUGAUGCUAGCGAUGGAGAAAGUGGGGGUGGCGGUGGAGGUGGAGAAAAGAGCAAGAAUGCUGGAAGUGGUGCUAAUGUUAAUGCUUAUGAGUAUCAACCCAAGUAUGAGAAUCAAUCGAAAUUGCCAUCUGGUUCAGGCUAA